UGACGGCCCCUGAUGCUGCAUGACGUGCGUCUCCCUCCUGCCUGUCCUUAUAGCAUAUCACAGUCUGCUGCUCUAUCAAACAGAAGCCCAGAGACUGUGACAGAACUGAACGCCACUGAGCAGGGUGCUGACAGCCUCCUCGACCUCCUUCAGCGGGAAGCAAGAGCUGCAAACUCAUGAAACUACACUGGGAGGAAUUGAUCUGGAAGGACCUGGCCGCAACUUGGGGAGUAGAGGGUUGACGUCUCCUGCCCAACAACAAGUCACUCACCACUGGUCCUGUUCUUUACCUGAACCCGAGGCGUGGCUGAUUCAGGGAGCGGGGUUCAAGAACUAGAAUGGGCAAAGAAAUUUUUCACAGUGGUGUGAAAAACCCUAAAAAACAAUUUUCCUCCGUAUGGAUGGGAAUUUGGGUACUGAUGGAAGAGGACUGCUGUCGGAGGUCUUGUGUAGGUGUACACUUGUGGAGUUGAACUGCGGUGAGCAUCGCACCAGGGAGCGAGAGAGAGAGCAGGAGGGAGAGAGAAGGAGAGGAGGGGCUUCACAGCCGCGUAGUCAAAGGCAAGACAUCCCCACAAUUCCAACAGUAGUUUACUUGGUGGGCAUUAAGCCCUCUGUGUGCCGAGUACAAUCAUGACAAGAUCUGUUUCUCUCAGUUGCUCCAGAAUGAGUUGAGCUCACAGAAGGAUAACCACCAAGGAGACAGCGACAGGGAGAGACUAGCGCUAAGCAUAAGGGAGUGGAGAGACGGUGGGAGCGCUGCUCUCCAGAACAGAUCUGGUGGACUUCAGCGGACGAUAGCUGAAGCCCUUUUUAAAACAGUGCGAACUAAACAAUUUUUUCAAGAGCUGGAAGAUAUGCUCAAGUCCAAAGCACUGGACCUCUUGGAGGGAGGGGGAACCUGGGACAAUUCUGAAUGAAACAACAUGCUGUAACAUAAAAAAAAAUACCAUCAUCCAGCAUCAUGAGUGCAGAGGAUCUACCAAACAUCACCAGUACCUUUAGUAACAACACAUCGCAUGCCAAGCCUUUCACCCACAGCCUGUGGGAGGUCAUAACUAUAGCGACGGUGUCAGCCAUAGUCAGCUUGAUUACUAUUGUUGGCAAUGUUUUGGUGAUGCUCUCCUUCAAGGUGAACAGCCAACUCAAGACGGUUAACAACUACUACCUACUGAGCUUGGCCUUUGCUGACCUUAUCAUCGGAGUGCUGUCCAUGAACCUGUACACCACCUACAUUCUGAUGGGCUAUUGGUCCCUUGGGAGCCUGGCAUGUGACCUGUGGCUGGCACUGGAUUACGUAGCCAGCAAUGCCUCGGUCAUGAACCUGCUGGUCAUCAGCUUUGACAGGUAUUUCUCAAUCACUAGACCGCUCACGUACAGGGCUAAGAGGACUCCGAAGCGGGCCGCCAUCAUGAUCGGAAUGGCGUGGCUGGUUUCCUUCGUCUUGUGGGCGCCACCUAUACUUUGCUGGCAGUACUUUGUAGGCAAGAGAAGAGAGUUUCCGGACAAGUGCCAAAUACAGUUUUUCUCGGAGCCUGUGAUUACAUUUGGCACGGCCAUUGCUGCUUUCUACAUUCCUGUGUCUGUUAUGACUAUCCUUUACUGUCGGAUCUACAAGGAGACCGAGAGACGGACAAAGGAUCUGGCGGAGCUUCAGGGGCUCUCCACAGCGGAUGUCUACGAGGGGUCCAGGCCCCAGAAAACCAUCAUUCAGUCCUGCUUUCGUUUCACCAGCGAUAGAAGGGACAGGAGCCAGGCCUCCUGGUCUUCUUCAAACCAGAGCAACGCCACCAAGACCACCACGAGGUCAGAGGAAGACUGGGUCAAGACGAACCAGAUAACGUCCCUCAACAGCUACACUUCAUCAGAGGAGGAGGACCACCACACCUCCAUGGACACGCCCCAGGGGUCACUAAAAGGUCAAGGCACAGGGCCGAGCAAGGACGGAAAGGCGAUAGACUCUGAAGAAGAGCGGCAUUCCGGCACCCCACCAAAGAAGAAGAGCAAAAAGUGCAUCUCAUACAAGUUCAAACCGGCCGUCAAGGAUCAGAACACAGACCCCGUCGCUGCUUCGCCGGACCCCGACAGCGUGACGGAGCACGCGGAGAGCAAGCAUGCUUCCCCCUCCCCCUCCGCCACGUCCAAACCCAUGGACCCUGUCCUCAAAAGCCAGAUGACAAAGAGAAAGAGGAUGGUGCUGAUUAAGGAGAAGAAGGCGGCUCAGACGCUCAGUGCCAUCCUGCUGGCCUUCAUCCUGACGUGGACGCCCUACAACAUCAUGGUGCUCGUCUCCACCUUUCGCCACGACUGCGUCCCCAUGUGGCUGUGGCACCUGGGCUACUGGCUGUGCUACGUCAACAGCACCAUCAACCCGAUGUGCUACGCCCUGUGCAACAAGACCUUCCAGAAGACCUUCCGCAUGCUCUUGCUCUGCCAGUGGAGGAAAAAGAGAGGGGAGGACAAACUGUACUAGCGUCGUGGUCACACCCCGGACGUCACCAGUGGAAUCUGCUAAUAUGGGUCAGAAAGUGUCAGUGAUGCCAAAUGUAGAUUGAAGAAAAUGACUACGGUUGACAAGGAUGCGUUGAUGGUCCUCUGAAGUUGCAAGAGCACAAAGCUGCACCAAAGUGCUGUUAUACAGGUAGCUGGUAUAAAAAUAUUGAACUUUACCAUGGUAGCUUCAUAUUAAGUAUGUUUACGUGCAGUUUAAUUCAGUUAAGGCUGAAUGAAAAGAUUAAGGUCAUACUCCCAGUAUAUUUACAUAAUAAUUAGCAUACAGUAACAUGGCCACUCACAUAAUAGAUGUAUUCAACAGUAGUUAAAUCAGUUGAGGAUGUGACAAGCCGACAAAAUGCAAUCAUAACAUUUGGUGAAAUUGACACGUGAUGGAUCAAAAGGUCUUGUCUUAUGUUGUGUUGAUUAACUUUGGAACCUUGAAAAUAUGUGGGGUUUCUUGUGGACUUGUUAGCAAUUGUAGGUCAACAAUGUGAAAAAAAGCACAUACUCUUGAUGUAUCUGGUGAAUCGGCUGUUUCCAAGUGGAUGUGACGUGAUGAAUACACAGAAUACAUUGUCUGUGUUUAGAUGACAAAGUACAUACGAUGAUUGAGUUGUCUCUGGGUCCUAACAUUAUGACCCAGAAUUAAUUUGAUAAACCAACCUAAGGUGUUUAAAUCCCAGUUAAUAAUUCGUCUGGUCACCUUAACCAGUUUGAGAUUGCUUGAUGAGUGUGCACGUAAAUGUAUUUGAUUACGACCGUUGAAAUAGAUAAAUUAAUUGUUCUACAUCUCACCUGCACUGUGUAUAAUCGAGAUUAUUGACGGCUUUAGCAAUUUGAGACUUGUAAGGCGUUAGAAAUGUUGAUGAUUCUUUGAUGGACAUACACUAUCAAGUAUGAAAUUCGCCUUGCCUUAUUUAUGUUUUCUGAAUGUUUGUAUGUAAAUAUUUAUAUACCCCAACCAUUACAUUAUUUGAACAGUU